AUAGCUAUUCUGAUUAGUCCUACAAUUCCUCACUAUCAAUCCUCCUGCAUUCUCUUUUUCUUCAACAUCCAAGCCCCCCUGCAAUCUUUUUCUUUGCUCACCUCUUCUGAGUUUUGAGCCAACCCUGCAAGCCUGCAUUCAUCAAGUUUGGUUUAUUGCUCUUUGCAUUUUCUUUUUCUUAUGGGGAACUGUUGUUCCCAAGAGAAUCCAGCAGAUGAUGCUGCACCAGGAGGAGAUUCUCAAGAUAAUGUUAACAAAACAAACCAAGCACCUAAAGCAAAUCCUUCGUCGAAUCCUGCUAGUAAAGGCCAGUCUAAUCCCAAGCCUAUAGGACCGGUGCUAUGCAGGCCAAUGGAGGACAUUAAGGCAACUUACUCCAUGGGUAAAGAACUCGGAAGAGGCCAGUUUGGCAUCACAUACAUUUGUACUCAUAAACAAUCAGGGGAGCAAUUCGCGUGUAAAACUAUAGCCAAAAGAAAGCUGGCUGUUAAAGAGGAUGUGGAGGAUGUUAGGAGGGAGGUUCAGAUUAUGCAUCAUUUAACAGGACAGCCUAAUAUUGUGGAACUUAAGGGUGCUUAUGAGGACAAGCAUUCUGUGCAUUUGGUCAUGGAGUUGUGUGCUGGUGGAGAAUUGUUUGAUCGGAUCAUUGCCAGAGGACAUUAUACCGAAAGAGCUGCAGCUUCCUUGCUACGGACCAUUGUGCAGAUUGUUAAUACUUGUCAUAUGAUGGGAGUCAUUCAUAGGGAUCUCAAGCCUGAAAAUUUCUUGCUUUUGAAUAAAGAUGAGAAUGCACCUCUCAAGGCUACAGAUUUCGGGUUAUCAGUUUUCUACAAGCAAGGAGAUGAGUUUAAAGAUAUAGUUGGUAGUGCAUAUUAUAUCGCGCCAGAAGUUUUAAAGAGGAGAUAUGGACCGGAAGUUGAUAUCUGGAGCAUUGGGGUCAUGUUAUAUAUUCUUUUGAGCGGCGUUCCUCCAUUUUGGGCAGAGUCUGAGCAUGGGAUAUUCAAUGCCAUCUUGCGUGGCCAUGUUGAUUUUUCCGGUGAUCCGUGGCCUACAAUUUCACCUCAAGCAAAAGAUCUUGUCAGGAAGAUGUUGACAGUAGACCCCGGACAAAGGUUGACAGCGGCUCAAGUUCUCUCUCAUCCUUGGAUUAAGGAGGAUGGAGAAGCACCUGAUACGCCUCUUGACAAUGGUGUCGUUAGCAGACUGAAACAGUUCAAAGCAAUGAACGAGUUCAAGAAAGUUGCUCUUCGGGUUAUUGCUCAGUCUCUAUCAGAAGAAGAGAUCAUGGGGUUGAAACAGAUGUUUAAGAACAUGGACUCUGACAAUAGUGGCACCAUAACUCUGGAGGAGCUAAAGCAAGGGUUUGCACAACAAGGGUCAAAGCUGUCAGAAUAUGAAGUUAAGCAGUUGAUGGAAGCUGCUGAUGCUGAUGGGGACGGUACUAUCAAUUAUGACGAGUUCAUCACAGCAACAAUGCAUAUGAACAGAAUGGACAAAGAAGAUCAUCUCUACACUGCAUUCCAAUACUUUGAUAAAGAUAAUAGCGGGUAUAUUACUAUUGAAGAACUUGAACAUGCUUUAAGAGAGUUCGGCAUGAAUGAUGAAAAGAACAUCAAGGAAAUCAUAUCAGAAGUCGACGGUGACAAUGAUGGUCGGAUCAACUACGACGAAUUUGUGGCCAUGAUGAGGAAAGGUCAACAAGAUGGUGAAGCAAACCUUAAAAAACGACGCGAAUCAUUUGUUUUAACAUGAAUUAUGCCAUAAAAGUAAGGACUACACACCAUGCUGCAUCACUUAUAAUGCUGCAGAGUAUGAUGAUGCUCGAUAAUGUUGAUAAUCACAAGAAUCUUCUCUGAUCAAAUCACGCAGAAGGUUAUGGAGAGUGAGGAACUGUAUACAAGAAGUUGGGAUAGUUAGUUUUUACAUGUUGAAGGAUUGGAUGAUCCUUAGUAAUGGUUAGGAACAAAAGUGUAUAAUACUUUUCUAGUAAGAUUAGAUUUAGAUAUGAGUAUAUCAUUCAUGUAAAAGUGCAUAUACUUGUACAUCUACACUGCUUAAAUAUCACUUCUACUAUCUGUAUACAGUUUUGCAUUACCCUCAACAAA